AUGGCACAUGCGUUAAAGACUUUUGUUCAAACUCAUAUGAUCCAAGAUGGAAUCGGACGACCGCCGAAUGCUGAGAAAGCAAAUUCUGGCAGACUUCCAGUUAAGAAUGAAUUGACUGAAACAACUUCUACGCCACCGGUGGUUGCUGUUGCGAGUGACAGCGAACCAAAAAUCUCUCCCGCUCCGCGUGCUCAGAAAAGAACUUACAACAGAGCAAAGUCGUCGACCCCUCAAAAGGUGUUGAAAAUUGAAAACAACGUUGAUAAUACUAAAAAUAUCAUCAACGAGUUGUCGAAGCCAAUGACAGCCAGCGAAGUUGAUCUCAGCGGUGAAGUCCGGCCAUCUAGAGUGCGUAAAACGCCAAAAUGGUUGGAGGAUAAUGCCUUUUCGUACUGA